CUAUAUAUAUAUAUAUAUCCAGUGGCUGGAAUUUGAUUGUUGGUCUAUCACCAACUUAAUUGCUGACAAACGUUUCAAAACUUGCUGCUGUUUCAAUAGAAUCCAAGCUGAACAGGCCAUCAUCGCUAGCAAGCAAGCUAGCUAGCUACAGCUAGUAUUAUACGUAUUGGUUUGUGGAGGAGUUACAUGUGCUGUGAGUUGAAGGUGGCGAAUCCGGCGGAGUUUUCAGGGAGGAAAGGGCGGCCGAGAUCAGAGGAGGAGAGGGAGAGGGAUCAUCAGGUUUUGUUCGGAGGUGGCGGCGGAAUGGUGACGCUGCCAAUGCUUGCGGGGUUUAACAGGGAGCUGGAGAUGUCGGCAAUGGUGUCGGCCCUCACCCAUGUGGUGGCCGGAGAUGAGGAUUUGGUUCUUCCAUCCGGCAGCGGAGGGAAGAGAGGACGAGAAGAGGUGGCGGAGUUUGAAGCCGCCGUGGCAUCAAUCGCAAGAGCUUCUGCAGGGUUUGGUGGGGACUUUUCGACAGGUGGUUUAUCAUUAUCAUCAUCAUCAUCUACCUUUAGAGAAGGAUCAUCAAGCAGCAGGGCAACCACUAACACCACCACCGUGGCCGCAAAGCCGGAAUAUACAUACAGUCCGAGUAUAUAUGAAACCAGUACUGAGAGCCAUGCUUAUGCAGGAGCAGAGCUGCCGCCAAGAAGAUACAGAGGAGUGAGGCAGCGGCCAUGGGGGAAAUGGGCGGCCGAAAUAAGAGACCCCCACAAGGCCGCCAGAGUCUGGCUGGGCACUUUCGAAACUGCCGAGGCCGCCGCCAGAGCUUACGACGAGGCUGCUCUCAGAUUCAGAGGAAACAAGGCCAAGCUCAACUUCCCUGAAAACGUCCGGAUCCGGCCAUCUCCGCCCGGUCCUCCUCCAGCGACCCAUCUUGCCGUUUCCACAUCGACCCAGCCGAUUGUCCAUUCUCAGAGCCACGACACCAACUACAUGAAUAACUAUUACUACGCUCAGUUACCUAGAAACUCCAAUGAGUUGCAGAAUCAGCCCACUAGUUUGUUGGACCAAAUGUUGUUGUCGAAUUCCAUGGCUUCUAAUUCUCAGUUUCAAUCUUCUUCGUUGGUUGGCUACACUGCUACUGUUUCAUCGUCGUCUUCCUCGCCUCCACCUUCUUCUGGUUUUGCUAUGCCGUUUGCAGCCCAGCAAAUGGUUGAGCCGAGGCCAUCCACUGGUCAGACCAGCACUGAUCCAAGGUUUCUGGUGACAAAUCGGUCGGAUCCUAGCAAUCAGCCGCCGCCGCCUCCUCCAGGAUGAUUUUAAUUUCCUGUAGUUUGCAUUUUUGAGUACUGAAAUUCUUUCAGAUAUCUAUUUUUAGAUGAUUUGAUGAUCUCGUUUUAGGUUGGUGGAGUUCGGCUAUAGUUAAAUUACCAUUCUUGUAGAAGUGGGUCCAAAUGCUGGUGAUUGCUUGCCACUCUCAUAAUUGUGUGUAACUUGAUGGCAGUUUAUUUAGUAAUUAUUACUCUGCUUCAAUGGUGUAAUUUGUUAAACAAUUUCCUAUUGCCUAGAAUUCUUGAUAAAGAAUCUUCAACAAUUUUCAAGAACCCAUCCCCAACCCUAAUAAAAGGUCAAGAAGUACUCAACCUCGGGCAGAGUUGAACAUAUGUAUUUCUUACCCUUUAAAAGUAUUAACUCUUCUUUCUGGAGCACUUAAAAUUGCACAAAUUUUUUUAUUCUUAAACCUUCUGUGGAGCUAAAACAUGAGAAGGUAAAAGCUACAAAAGAUUAUGUUUAUCAGAUAGUGGGUGGCUACUGGGCCAUAAUUAUAUUCAAACCCCACCACUUGUAAUGCCCAAAUGCAUCAUUCAUCAAAUACAGACCGAACCCAUCCACACGGCAGCAGUACACUCUCUUCUAUUCAUUGUACAUCAACAGUAAUAUGGGUUGACAGACGGCCAGACAGUUUAAUACAGAAAUCUAACAUUGCAUUGCUAGCUUUAAUCCAGACCUGGCGAGUUGCGAGAGAGGCGGUUGGAAAAAGACAUAAUAAUAACCACUGGAAAAAGAAAAAUAAUAAUAACCACCACCACUACUACUUUAUGAAUAGGAGUAGGAAGGCAAAUAUUUGAUACUUGAAAAAAGAAAAAUGUCCAUCCAGUUGGUGAAUCAAUUCUAACGAAUUGACAGUAAGUAUUGCACCGUAUGAAGUGAACAAUCUCCAACCACUUCAUGGCUCAUUCCAGCAUUAGACAAAUACAAGUUUCUUACGCAUAUGUCCAUGUUUUUGAGAUCACAGCUAUCAAUCUAAUAUUAUGAUGAAUAAAUCGGGGGGGGGGGGGGGGGGGGGGGGGGGG